CACUUCCCACUCCAAAAGCAAAUAAAAGAAAAAAUUCAAAGCAAAAGCAAAAGAAAUAAAGAGAGAGAGAAAUAAACUGAAGAAAAAAAAAAGAUAGGAGAAAUUCAAGAAACUAGAAGGGGAUUUUGGUUUCUGGGUAAGAUUUUAAGUUUUUGGAAGAGAAUCACUAUGCAAAAAAUGGAGAAUCAGGCGCAGGGACAGUCACUUCAGAACCAGUUAAUGGUGCAAAAUUCUUCAGGGAGUCUAAGCUUUAGCAGCCAAAUGUCUAAAGAAGACGAAGAGAUGUCUAAAUCUGCUCUCUCUAAUUUUCGAGCCAAAGAAGAAGAGAUUGAACGGAAGAAAUUAGAAGUUCGAGACAAAGUUCAAGCUCAGCUCGGCCGUGUUGAAGAAGAAACCAAACGUUUGGCCAUGAUUCGUGAGGAGCUUGAAGGAAUGGCAGAUCCCAUGAGGAAAGAGGUGGCUGUGGUGAGAAAGAAGAUAGAUACAGUGAACAAAGAAUUGAAGCCUCUAGGCCAUACUGUGCAGAAGAAGGAGAAAGAAUACAAGGAUGCUUUGGAAGCUUUCAAUGACAAGAACAAGGAAAAAGUACAGCUCAUUACCAAAUUGAUGGAGAAUGAACAGCUGGUGAGUGAAAGUGAGAAGAUGAGGUUGAAGAAGCUGGAGGAGCUGAGCAAGAGCAUAGAUUCAAUACACUGAUCGAGAUUAUAUAGCCUCGUAGUGCUGAUAAACUGAUUAGGUUUUGUGUGAUAUAUUAAGGUAACUUCUAUAGUUAUAUGAUUGGGGUGCUUUUUACCUUUUUUACAGUUUGGUGUAUUCUAUCCUUUGUUUGUUUAAUUAGUUUUUCAUGGAGUCUUUAGUUGAUUUAGGAGUGUGGGGAAAUGCCCUAUAAAACAGGUUUGUAACUAAAUUUUCUCACUUCUCAUUUCCUCUUAUGUUCACAACUUUGUUACUAUUUCAAUUACUUCUUGUUGAUUUGGGGUUUA